GGGAGGAGCCGCCGGUGGCGACGGCCGCGCAAGGUGUGUGAAAGGCCGUGGCGGACGGGCGUCUCGAUGGGACUCGUUGUCCGGCGGGGCAUUGGCGGGAGCGCCGGCGUUGGGCCUACGCAGGCUAACUUUGAAUUGGACUUCAUGUUUGCCUAGACGUUCUGGAGUUUCCUGUUUUUAAGAAUAAGUGUCAUACCACACAGAUAGCAAGAUGAGUUCCUUAAUAGAAGCCCCUGAGCUGCCGGCAGUGUUUGAUGGGGUUAAACUGGCUGCUGUUGCUGCUGUUCUUUACAUUAUUGUCCGCUGCCUGAAUCUGAAGAGCCCAACUGCUCCUCCUGAGCUGAUAUACCAAGACACUCCUUUGUCCCGCUUCCUAAUAAAAUCUUGCCCUCUCCUAACCAAAGAGUACAUUCCACCUUUGAUCUGGGGAAAGAGUGGGCACAUUCAGACUGCUCUUUAUGGGAAGAUGGGGAGAGUACGAUCACCACAUCCUUAUGGGCUUCGCAAGUACCUCACAAUGUCAGAUGGUGCCACAGCAACUUUUGACCUCUUUGAACCACUAAUUGAAAACAGCAGUAGAGAAGAUAUCACAAUGGUCAUCUGCCCUGGAAUAGCUAAUCACAGUGAGAAGCAGUACAUCCGAACCUUUGUUGACUAUGCUCAAAAGAAUGGCUACCGGUGUGCUGUGUUAAAUCAUCUUGGCGCCCUGCCAAAUAUUGAACUGACUUCACCACGCAUGUUCACUUAUGGUUGCACCUGGGAAUUUGCUGCUAUGGUGAACUACAUCAAGAAGACAUAUCUUUAUUCCAACCUAGUUGUUAUUGGCUUUAGCCUGGGUGGAAAUAUAGUGUGCAAAUAUCUAGGGGAGUCCCAGUGUAACCAGGACCGCGUGCUCUGUUGUGUCAGUGUGUGUCAGGGGUAUAGUGCAUUGAGAGCACAGGAAACCUUCAUGCAAUGGGAUCAGUGCCGGAGAUUUUACAAUUUCCUCAUGGCAGACAACCUGAAGAAAAUAAUCUUGUCUCACAGACAAGCUUUAUUUGCUGAAACCUCUAAAAAGCCCCAAUGUUUAGUGGAAACAGAUCUAAGCAGACUUCACACAGCAACUUCGCUCAUGCAGAUUGAUGACAACAUUAUGAGAAAAUUUCAUGGCUACACCACCUUAAAGGAAUAUUAUGAACAGGAGAGUUGUCUGCAUUACUUGCACAGAAUCUUUGUUCCCCUCUUGCUAGUUAAUGCUGCUGAUGACCCAUUGGUGCAUGAUAGCCUCUUAUCAAUCCCAAGAGCCCUCUCAGAAAAACGGGAGAACGUCAUGUUUGUCUUACCAUUGCAUGGAGGCCACCUGGGAUUUUUUGAGGGUUCAGUACUUUUUCCCGAGCCCCUCACUUGGAUGGAUAAACUAGUGGUGCAAUACGCGAAUGCCAUCUGUCAGUGGGAGAAGAAUAAAUCUCAUUGCUCAGAUACGGAACAAUCAUCUGGCCAAGAAUAAACAGUCCCAAAGACUUUUCAGGUUGUUUCCAACUUAGUCCCCAUCUUCUUCUUCUUCCCUCCUGCUUUUCCAGGCCAGGCCUGAUCAUCUUCAAUGUAGGCGUUUGACCACAGUGUUUCAUGCCAAAUAGAGUUACAACCCAAGGAGUUGCUAUUUUGAACAAUUUGGGAGUGUGCUUGGAGCAUACUCACGCAGUGACAAAACUCUUCCAGUCUCUUGGGGGUUGCUGCCUGUAGCUUUCUAUAAGGUUCCAAAACCAGUGGAACAACAGAACAUCUUUGAAAGCAGCAAGAUGUUCCAACGCUUAUACUUUCACUGUUCAAAGAAAACAAAAUAACCUCCUCUGGUUGUUUUGCAAAAGUUGCGUAGCGUGUUACUAAUGCGAGAUAGGAGUGUACUUCCUUUGUGGCUUUGUUUCACCUUGUUGCCACCACUGGCCCUAGCAGGAGGGAAGUGUUAUAUGUUUGUGGAAGACACCAACAAAUCCUCUCUACAGGCCAUCAGUACAGCUGCGUGCAAAGCAGGGGAGAAAGACGUGGAAUUUGAAUGUCCAGAAUCUCACCCCUCAAGUGAGGAAGAACCUCACCCUUUCUUGUUAAUGCAUUUCAAGGGUUUAGAUUGCUUUGGAAAUAUUUGAAAGAUCCAGUCAGUCCUUAUUCCAGGAUUCUGGAAUGCUGGCUGAGUAUAUUUAAUCACAUGCUUUGCUUUUUCAUUGGGACUUUCCACAUAGAAAGCUUUGGGGUUGAACAGUAGAUUCCCUGCUCUGUUACUACUUGAGAUUAAAACAAGUAGCCUUGUGACAGUUGCCUUUUCUAAAAUGAGGUAUUAUAAUUUGACAUCAGAGUUGUGAGUGCUCCUAACCAGGCCUUUUAAUACUGUCUGUAAGUGAAAACCAGUGACCAUCAGUCUGAGAGUUGUCUGUUGUUGUUUUUUUUUCCUUUAGAGAAGCUUCAUACGUGAAGGAUGGCAGGAACAAAACACCCACAUUCUUUUUACCUCCCCAAUAUACCAGAGCAGUAUAGUAACGUUUUGAAAGCCGCAACUGAUUUGGCUUAGAGAAGUUGGGGAUAGAUUUAAAGAAAUUGUACUGAAUGCCUUAACUAUUAGUGGCUUCUGCAAUUCCCGGAGCCCAAAGCUGCUCAUUAGUUUUUCAGCCUACUGACAUCAACUGAGAUUGGCAACUCUUGCAUUAGGGUGAGAUGCAGUAACGCAGAUACAGCGAAGAAGCAGCAUUUUUGCUGCUCUACGAUAGAGAAACAGAUUUUGGCACUGAGCAAGUUUCCAGUCUGAAAGUGAAAAACGACACAUCUUAAUUAUAUAUUAAUUAUAUAUAUAUAAAUCUCCAUUAGGCUAUUUUUCAACUGCAGUUCUAUUUAGAACUGUUGGUUUAGUGUUCCUUCCUUAUGGCAUAGUCUAAUUACGUUUUAAUAGUCAUUCCCUUGCAUUAUAGUCCCCAUAAUAGUUAGCACUUUAUUGCUUCAACCUUUUGGUUUGCUGCCUAGACACUUUAAUUAUAGCGGGCACUUGGUUUUUAAAUGGUUAGAAAGUCUUUCUUGAAAAUAAAAUGUAUGGGGUAUCUUUCCAGCCAGUUUUGAGAUUCAAAAAAGUGUAUACUAUGUUUGUGAGGUUUUCAUUCUUUUUUUUUUUUAAUUGAGCAAUAAUUGCCUGUAGCAAAGGUGCAUUUCUCACAUCAGGAAUCAAAGUGCCCCAGCCUCAGAUGGGUAGUCUUGACCUGUUCAACAAACUGUGUGACUUAAGCACAGUAAGUGAAUUCAGAUUCUAUUUUGUUCUCACAUAGGAAAGAUCAUAUAGGAAGUUCUCACAUAGGAAUGAUCACAUAAUACAAGGUUCAGGUUUCCUUCUCCUCUCCCCCACCCCCAUGUAGACUUUAAAUUGUUAAUCUAUUUUUAUUUUGCUUUUUUAGCAUUUCCUGCUCCUUCCCUGGACACCAAAUCCAAGAUAGGCAUAUGCUUUUGGCUGCAGAAGAACAUUUUAAUGAUCUCAAAUGCUUAUUUCUCUUCCACUUAAAAACAAAAAAACAAAAACCUAGAUGUUUCAACUGUUUCCUUUGUUGCAGUGUAUAAAAUAGGAAUGAACAUGACUUAUUUUUCGUCACCUGCACAGCGUAUUAGAAAGCAGGCUAUAAGAAUCAUAAUACUAAUUUUCAUCAUUUCCAUCUCCAGCUUUCUCUCCUUUUUAGCACGUGAUUAUUUUACCAAAGCCAGCUCUCCUAGCAGUCAAUAAGACAUAUUGUACUUUUUGAUCUGACUCUGAGAGCCAGGGAUUGUAACAUGACUUCCGCCCAAAUAGGACCUUUAUUGUGUUUUGCAUUUAAAAUAAACGUGAUAAAUCUAGGCUUUUCCUAACCUGGUGCUCCCCCUCAAUUCCGAUGUAUUUGCCUUAAUGGCUGGGAAUAGUAUAUUUCAACACCCCUGAAGGAAAUCCAAUUGAUAAAAUAAUUGCUGUGAAUUAAAAUUAUAAAUGUCCUUGCAAGUAAAGGCACUUAAUAGCCGUGGUUGCUGAAGGGGCUAUGAGGAUAGAGUUUCCCUUUUUUUUUUUUAAACCAGGUACAGAUUGGUUUUGAGUAUAGUAUGACAAAGAAUUAAUCCUUCCUUUAAAUUUUGGAACCUGGCUUACAAAGUUGUGCAGUUACAUAAUGUAGCAGUUUCAAGGAGGAUUGCUUUCAUGAUUUAAAUUCAUUUAAAACUAUUCAACCCCUUGGAAAAUCAUUUUCAUUUGCUCUAUGCUGUAAAUGUAAUAAGACUCUUAUAUCUCCCAGAUGUAGCGGGAAAACCAAAAUUCUCACUAAGUUGGACAGUCAAAGGAGUGUCUUUUAAGUCCCACAUUUGAUAUAUUUUCUGCUGCAUCAAUGAAAGGAAACCCAAGUGAGUUUGUGAUAAAUUGAAUUCUAACCCUCCCCCCCCCAAAAAAAGAUUCUAUAAGGAAAAGAGAGGAGUGAUGAAAAACUGACCAACAGGAGAUAGCUGCCAAUUUGUAUACCUACAUACUAAACCUUUUUUACUUUAGUGAAACAAAAUGUUGCUUGAAACUUAUUGGAAACAAAUCAGGAGGUUAUGUCUUUUGAGACAUUUUUCUACCACUUAUCUUAAACUCGGUAAAUCAUUCCUUCUGUUACUUUUUUUCUGGAAAAGAUAAUUUUUUGAAGGAUUUUCUUUGCUUUGUACGUUCAGAAUUUAUAUCUGAUUGUUUUUCUAAAGAUAUUUUUUUGUAAACUGGAGAUCUUGCUGCCCAUACAUUUUGGGGCGAGCCCAUCGCAUCCCCCUUUUUUAAUGAAGGCAGUGUUGAGAAUUGCAUCAAGCCCCCUUGAUGAGCUGUUACAGCCAAAUGGUUCAUCCUGUGGCAAGAGUGAGUUGAAGCCAGCUUUGCCAGUUGACCAAAAGAUAUAAGCCAACCCUUUCCUGGCAACAGCUGUGGUAGAAUUAAUGUCUUGGCAGCAUGUCUUUGCAUUAAAGAUAGCCUUCUGUGGGUCAAAGGUGCAUUUCCCAAAUCUAUGAUAGUUUGCAAGUGGUCCUUAGGCUUUGAUCUAUAUGUAAAGAAGGAAUAGCCAACUGGUGGACUACAUUUCACCUUCCAUUCCUUUUCUACUUCAUUCUCAUCCCCUCAAGAACAUUUGCUGAAAUUCAGCCACAUGAUCUAUGCUUUCUUUAAAAUACGUAACAUAGGUGCAUUAAGUCUCUGAUAGCUUCACACAUAUAUUUGUUUUUUAAACAGAGUUGAAAAUUCUGGCCCAGCCCUCUAGUGAUGGCCCUGCCAUGCUGCAGCAGAUAGAUUAGUGCACCCGUGUGUCAUCCUCGGCCCCAGAAAUCUUACCUAUUUCUGAUCUAAAGGUAUAUGUGACCAGGUCCUCAGGUCACAUUACAACUCAAUAUUAAUCUUAGUGAUGUGUUAGUCCCAGAUAUAGGCUGAUAGCAUUGAUGUGCAUAUGUGUGUCAAAAAAUAGGGAAAAUUUGUUACAAAACACACGUCCCUAACUGUCUCAUGCACAUAAAGAGCAAAGCAUGAAGUUUUCCUUAGAUUGCAUUGUUACACUGAUGUAAGCUCUGUUGCUGUUCACUUCCUUUAGAUGUGCAGAAUAGAGCUUCCACAUUCCCAAGUGGGAUUUCUGUCAUAGGAAAAUGCCUCAAUAAGAGUCCCGACUAUGGCAUUUUGACUUUAACUCAGAGCGAUUCGCCUGGCAGCAGCAGUAGUCAUCAGAAAGAAGAUUUAAGUGUCCAUACCACACCUUUCCCCACCUUCUGUUUAUUUCGCAUGUUACGUGAUGGUCUUAAUGGCAAACCUGGUUCAUUUCCCGCAGAUCCUCUUAAUCAGAGCAAAAGGCAGCUUGUCUGUGGGAGGAUUUUUUGCUCAUCCACAAAGGAAAGGACUCUACCCAGUGCACUACACUGCCACACAGUGUUGCACUGGUGUUGGGAGUCCUUAGCUUUUGGCCUUUGCAAACAUCCGUUGGGCUAAGUAUAUGUGUUUCUGCCUGGAAUUAUUUUGUUAAGUCUGGUUUUUCCCCCCCCCCCU